AUGGCGAAGCAAGGUAAAACGAAGAAGCAGGAAUACGUUGGAAAAGGAAAAGUAACACCAGUUCAGAUCGCCUUCAUCGUCGAUCGAUAUCUCUCCGAUAAUAAUUAUAUCCACACGCGCUCCAAUUUCCGAUCCGAAGCAUCGCAUCUAAUCGCCAAAUCACCCGUUCAAGAAGCUCCGAAAAGCUUGUUGAGCUUGGCUGCGAUUCUGGAUGAGUACAUCACACUCAAGGAGCAGAAGGUGUUGGUUGAUCAAGAGCGUCAACGAAUUGAACACGACAAAUUUCGUGUUCACAAUUUGCUUAGCGGAAUGCAGGAUGCUAUGAACGCUUAUAAUACUCCCCCCUCGGCAGGCUUUUAUCGAAUGCACAACAACACUCCGCCUAUGAUAUCUACAUCUAGGCCGUCCGAUACAAGGAAUUUCUCCACUCCAAUCACAAAUCAAGCACCAACCAAAAGAAAAGAAAUCAAACAUGCCUCAGAUGGUCCUGCAGCUUCCAAGAGAUCUCGUACAAGCGCACAUUCCAAAGAUGCUAGCAUAGUUACACAAUCAAGCAACGCAAAAAUGAAUCAAGAAAUGGCUAUGAUGAAUUCUGCUGCUCAGUUUGCUAACGCCACCAGUGGAUCACCAGCUCAAGGAUCUAACGUUGUAAAAUGUUUGUUCAACCAAGAAAGUCCAGCAUCACGAGCAAAUUCAUCUGUCCCUAAAACACCCCCACGGGCAUCUACUUCUCAAACUGAAAAAUCCCCUUCUCCUUUAGAAAUUUCUACAGCUACCUCAAGUAAAGAUGUUGCUCCCCAACAGAUUAUCUCUGCUAACUGCACUAUAAUCUCCUCAGAGACCAUUCGUGUGAGCCCCAACAAGCAAAUAGCUUAUUACUCGAUAGAGAAAAACCAAAUCACUUGCUCGCCUCUUAAGUCAAAUUUGAAGAGGACUAACGUGAACGAGCAUGUUAAAGGAAGGCUUGAUUUUGGCUCUUCUGAAAUGCCAAUGAUCACGGAGAAUCAGGCAACUGAUGGCAACUCAACAUCUGAAUCUGAGAAAGAAGCAGAUAUUCUUGACUUAGAUUUUCCAAACUUAGAUACCCUUGGUUUGGAUUUUAACCUUUCAGAGUUUCUGUUGGACUUUGAUAUUGGAGGUGACUUGCCUUUAUCUUCAGGGCAAGAAUUUGCUUCUUCACCAGAUUCUUGUUCAGGGUCUCCUCUCACCUCUGGAAACAUUGAAAUAGGUGCUACACAAAUCACAUCAGAAUACUCAUCAACCAUGGCAGGACUUAUAGGGGAUACAAAUAUGAACUUAGUUGGGAUGGAUCCUGUUUCGUCUACGAGGUCUGUUACUAAAUGUAUUACAAUUUUCAGUCCUGUCAAAAAUCAGAGAAGGAACUUCACUCAGAAUUAACUUAUCCGAUAGGCCAUGAUGGGCUCGAGAAAACCUCUUCAUUCUGAUAACACUGACAAGCUACAAGGGAUCACUGUCAUUCGUAUUUGCUAUAUAAGAUUUGCUAGGAUAGAUGAUUUUUUACUGCAUUAUGUAAAUGCACUAUAACUAUUUAUAGACGU